AUGGAUUUUUUAAUAAAUAAAUUUAACGACUUUAAGCACUCAAAUAAAACAGCGAUGAUCGUUUGUGAUAAUGAAAAAAUCCUGGCGACGAAAACCUACAAAGAAAUUUGCGAAAUCAGCGCAACGUUCGAAAAAGAAUUUCGAGUUUCAUUAACUAACGACAAUUUAUGCGUAGGUUUGCGUAUGGAGAAAAACGAGUAUUUACCUUCGAUAAUAUUAAGUUUACAGGUACUUCAUCAUGCGUUUGUGUAUAUCCCUACGAAUGUUGCCAUGAACACCAUCAAUAUACACUACAUAUUAACAUUUAAUAGCGAUUUGGAUCGAAAAUUUGAAAAAACCCGCGAAAUAUUAAUUAACAACAAUACAUUUACACUAUGGAAAAUUUCAACAAUCUCCACAGACUUAUUUAAGGAUGUUUUUUGUAUAAUGCAUACAUCCGGCUCGACUGGCGAAAGCAAAUCCAUAAGAAUACAAAACAAAUGUAUAGAAACUAACGCAAUAAAUUUAGGACACGUUUUCAAAAUCACAUCCGAAGAUAUCAUCUUUUGGGGCACACCUCUAUCAUUCGACCCAUCUCUAAUAGAACUUUUACUAGCGUUAUUCAACGAAUCUACCCUCGUAAUAACAUCUUACAAAACGUAUUUAAACCCAACAGCCCUUUAUUCGGCUUUAUUCCGGGUAGCUCGUGUGACAUUCCUCCAAACGGUACCUUCGAUAUUCCUCAGAUGGAGCGAAACUUGCAUUAAACGCCUACUAUGCGACAGCGAGUUGAGAUUAUUGGCUUUCGGCGGGGAAGCUUUCCCGAAAGACUUGUUAGGAUACCCCAGGAGAGAAGAUUUGAGCGUUUUUAAUCUGUAUGGUAUCACUGAGUUAAGUUGUUGGGCUACUGUUCAUCGAAUAACCGAAGAAACUCAGUUCGAUGAUAUACCUAUAGGUGGAGCUUUAGAUGAAACUAUUGUAGAAGUGAGGAAUGAUGCAAACGAGGUGAUAGAAAGAGGCGAAGGAACGAUUUAUAUAGGUAGUAACUCGAGAGGAUGCUUAAUAAACGAUGAACUGGUAACAGAUUCACCGAGGUUUAGAAACACUGGAGACCUAGGAUUCGUUGCAAACGGGAUUAUUUGCUACAAAGGCAGGACAAAUGGGGUCGUCAAGAGGUUCGGUUUGAGGGUAAAUUUAGCAGAAAUCGAGGAAAUUGUAUUCAAAGAAUGCCAGCUAACGAGUAAAUGCGUGUGGUCCGAUAAAUACAAGAAGUUGUUAUGCUUUACCAUAGUAAAAAACAUCGCUUCUAACAGUACGAAGGAAAAAAUAUUGGACAAAUUUCGAGUUAAAUUACUAAAAGUAUUACGAACCGAAUAUUUCCCGGAUUAUUUCGAAUUGCUAGAAACAUUCCCUACCAGUUCGCACGGUAAAAUCGACGAGAAAACGCUGGAAGAGUACUAUUCAAUACACACCUCGAGCCAACGAGUCAACCCGGUAGAUUUAUUCCAGAAACUCUGGUUCAAAUACCUCGGAAUCUACAACAACAACACCGACGAUUUGGAAAAUUACAGCUUCUUCGAAAUGGGCGGAAAAUCAAUCAACGUUAUUCAGCUAAUAGCGGAAUUCAAAUUGCUAUCUAACAUCGAUUCCAGCCGAUUGAUCGAAGCCGUAUUCGAAAAGCCAUUAAACGAAUGCAAAAACAUACUAAUCAAGCAAGCUUGUAGCACCAUUCAAACCGAAUCUACCCCUAACACAGAAGAUUAUAAUAAAUAUAAACCCAUGAAGGUAUCGUGGAAGUACGAUAUGAAAUCGUGCGUUGACUCAUCUCCGCUAAUUUUCACCGACAGGUUCAACGAAGCGCGAAUAGCGAUCGGCAGUUUCGGCAACAUAUUCGCCGUUCUCGACGAAAACGGACGAGAAAUCUACAAAACUAUUCUCGGCGGCUCGAUCGAAUGCGUUCCCGCCGUUUCGCCCUGCAAAAACUUCAUCUACGUAGGCUGUUACGAUGGAAUAAUGUACUGCAUUAAUUUCCACGCGAACCGGACGAUUUGGUCCUUCGAAACCGGCGAUAGAAUCAAAUGCUCGCCGUUAUUUCUCAACGACGGCGCUCGAAUCGUUUUCGGCUCCUACGAUAAUUACGUUUACUGCUUAUCCUCGCAGGACGGCGUAAAAAUAUGGUCAACGAAACUGGACGGGAGCGUUUCGGCUAAUCUCAUCGAGCGAGAAAAAUUCGGAAUUUUCGCGGCGACUACUCGAGGGCUCUCCUACCGACUCUCGGAGACCGACGGGAGAAUCUUGUGGAGUUACAAAUGCGAGUCCCCGGUAUUCGGAACUCCGUUGUAUUCGAAAGAACUGCUGUUGGUGCCUUCGGUGAGCGGCGUCGUGACGCUCUUAUCGGCCGACGGCGGUCGAUUGGCGUCGAAAUUCCAAUCGGACGGGCGCGUUUUCUCCUCGUUGGCGAUCAUCGAGGAUUACGUGGUGUUCGGGUGUCAUGAUCGAUGCCUUUACGUGGCGAAACUCGUCGACGAGGAAUUGGUUUUGAUGAAGAAACUUUCGCUAGACGGUGAAAUUUCGUCGACGCCUUGCGUUCGAGACUGGAACGGUUUUAAAUCGAUUAUCGCUGCUACUAACGUCGGUACGGUGUAUUCGAUUAAUUUCGAUGAUUUGGUAAUUAAUCGUUUAAUUCGAUUACCCGGCGAGGUGUUCUCGUCGCCUGUUGAAUACAACAACAAAGUGUACGUAGGUUGUAGGGAUAAUAAUUUGUAUUGUAUAUCCAUAACAAUGUAA